AUGCAUCGCUUCUUCAAGACCGAAUUUUUCAACUUCGAAUUCCUCCGCAUCUUGAGCACGGCGCCGUAUGGCGGUUGCGAAACCGGGGAGGCCUUGAAAGCCGCGUCCCUGAUCAAAGACGCAGACCGAGAAUCAUGGAGCGAAAUAUGGUAUCAGCAAGGGAGGCAUGCAGAACAAUUGGCGGAGGAGGCGUCAAGAAGCGGCGAUGCGCCGAGCGCGAAAGCGGCAUAUCUAAGAGCUUCAAACUACUUACGCGCAAGUCAAUUCAUGCUGAACGAUCUACCUCCGCACCAAGACCCGCGCGUAGUGCUGCGACUAGCGAAAAGUCAGGAGCUGUUUCGCAAAGGUGUCGCCCUUCUCGACGAUGCAAAAGCAUAUCCUCUUUCCAUCCCGCUUCGCGAUGGCGCAAAAGUCAUGGCAUACUUAUUUGUACCUUUGGCUGAGCCAAGAACCAGCAAAGGUCAUCCACUGGUGAUCAGCUUGACAGGUGGUGAUGGAUCCCAAGAAGAAAUGUACAUCGUGAUUGGCGUAGCUGGCAUAGCUCGUGGCUACGCUAUGCUGACUUUCGAUGGUCCUGGUUAAGGCACCUUGCU